AUCUUGCCUCGCGCGCACCAUGAUCAGACUAGACACUUCUUUCUUCAGGAUAACUGCUUUCUAUUCAAUCGUCACACCUGCUUCCUAUUCUUCACAUCUUUCAGAUAAUCCACCCGGAUCUUAAUUCGUCGUCUUCUUUUUCGCGCCUGUCGCAAUCCGUCGCAACCGCCCUCGACAGUUUCGGUUUCGUCUCACCCUUUUUCUUCCCCCUCACGCCCCGGCCGACGCCUUUGACGACUCAUACGUCGCCACCAACACCAUGAGUGAGACUCCAUCUCAGCCAACAACCACACCCGCGCGCCGUAGGCAGGGUCGCGGGAACGGUCGCCCUGCCGGCCACAAAGCCUACGCCUCGGAGAAUGAUGUCGUCAACCUCGACCCUUCUCGCUAUGAACGUGGUCCACGAACUCCUCAGAAAGGUGCUGGCAUGGAUUCUCCCGCUGCCCAAUCCAAUCACACCUACUCUAAGCAGCGAUCUCGGAGCAACAACAAUAACAACCAUCACGGCAACAACAACAAUCAUAACAACAACAACAAGCCUCGGAACAACAAGAACUCUCCCAACUCGCCAGACUCUGCCCGUCCCGGUCGCCGUACUCCUCCGAAUCAAUCAUCCAUGAAGUCGACUGCUGGCCCUGCUUUCGCCGGAGCAACCUUCCACGCAUCUCCCGCUCCAUCCGCCCUUCCGCUUCCCAGCUUCGUCACCCGAUCGUCAAUGGAAUCGCCCAGUGCCAACAGGACCUUGGAAGAUGCUGUCCAGGAGCCUUCUCCUCCCAGCUCUAAUGCACCCACUCCUUUGCAGCAACCCUCUUCUGCUGCCAAGGGAUCUCCUCUCGACUUCAUGUUCCGUGCUCAUCGUGAAGAGAAGGAGCGCCAGCGCAGUGGCAGUUCUGUCAGCUUCCGACCUUCUGGCCUUGCUCACGAUUCGCCUUCUUCUCAAUCUCCAUUCGAACCUGGCAGUGUUCCUAAGCCAGCAACUCUUCCGCAAACGGCUCGUACUCAGGCCCGAUACAAUGGUCCCAUCGACAGCGCCGACCUAAACGCAACACCCGGCCAGCCCAUGGGCCCGGCCUUCUCAACACCUUAUCAAGAGCGUAUCAAGGCAGCUCGCUCAAACUCUGCGCGAACCCCUGCUACGCUGGGCUCUUCACCCUCUCUGCCAAGGUCUCAGUCUCACCCUGAAUCAGACGACCCUACUGAGGCCCUCAAGAAGUUCCUGUUCGGAUCAAACGGUGCCUCUGCGGCCAAGACUCUCCCUAACGGUUUCUCUUCUGCCCCUCCUUCUCAGCCAUUCAACCAUCCCCGUAGCGGACCUGGUGCACCGGUUCCUUACGAGGGCCGUCCCAAUAAUCUGCGGGCUAUGGAGGAUGAUCUUCGACGUAUUCUCAAACUUGACUUGGCGGCUGGAUCUUCAGGCCAAAACCCACGUCUAUUUUCCUAG